UAUGUAGUGUAUGCACCCACAAUAAUACAUCGUGCUGUUUUUGUAUUUACCUGAUGGAUCGUUUAUUCUUCUUCUGUUUUGUAUUGCUCCUGGAUGAUGUGUUUGGUGCUGAUGUUGUAGUGAUGUCAGUGAUGAAGAGAGAUGAUGUCACUCUGCCUGUUGCUUGGCGUUUAAAGGGAGAUGAGCGGCUGCUGUGGAAGUUUAAUGACAAGGAUAUAGCAGCUAUUCAUUUAGACAUGAUACCUAGCCAAACAAAUUACCCUGAUGAGAGAUUCACAAACAGACUUUUUAUGGACCCUAAGAGUGGAUCUCUUACCAUCAACAACAUCAGAACUGAAGACACCGGAGAAUAUCAGCUGAAGAUCAAAGGCAUCAUAGAUAAAAACUACUAUCCAUUAAAGACAUUCAGUGUUACUGUCACUGGUGUGUCUGGUGCUGAUGAUGUUACAGUGAUGUCAGUGAUGAAGGGAGAUUCGGUUACUUUACCUAUCAAUGCUAGUGAAAUAAAGGGAGAUGAAUGGCUGCUGUGGAAAUUUAAAAACGCAUAUAUAGCACUUAUUGAUUUAGGAACUAGCCAACCAAAUUACAUUGAUGAGCGAUUCACAAACAGACUGAAUCUGGAUCCGCAGACUGGAUCUCUCACCGUCAACAACAUCACAACUAAAGACGCUGGAGAAUAUCAGGUGAAGAUCAAAGACAGACAAGAAACAAACUACAAACCAUUAAAGACAUUCAAUGUUACUGUUACUGGUGAAUAGUUUAAGUGAUUAUCUGGAUUCAAUGCCUGUAAAUAAUCUAUAAAGUCUAAAAUAAUCACAAGAUUUAUCUUUAUGUUUUAUUUGUUGAAAGACUUCAAAGGUAUUUAACAUUACAGAGCACCUAUAGUCCGAUUCUCGUUUUUUUAAUUUCCUUUGGUGUUUAAGUGUGUAUUAGUACAUGUUAACACUAUGCAAAAGGUACAAACCCCAAAGUAAAUGAUGACAUAUAAGUUAUUGUCUCCAAUGUAAAUCUCUUUCUUGGACUACAACAAACACACAGAUUGUAGGCAACAGUUUACUUCCAUAUUUCCUUGACAUGAGAGUAAAUAUGUGACAGUUUGUUAGAAAAUACAUUUAAAUAAAGUUUUGUUUCAUAUGUUAUUUACUUCUAUGUUUUCAUUUAUUGUGAUAGUUUUAUUCAUUCAUUUUUUAUUCAUGUUUCCUGUUGUUUUCAGUAAAUAAAAGGAAAUUGCAUUAACUCAUGAAUUAAUAAUUUCUUAACUGAAAACAAUUGCCACUAGAUGUCGUAGUUGCACUGUUUAUUAUUUUACUUUCGCUUUCUCCGCCAUUUUGUUCUGGUGCUGAUGUGCGUGAAUGAAUGCACGUUUUUCUUAAAUAAAAUAACGCCUGAUGUUACACAUUUAAAUGUAUUCAAUCACCUGCAUUUGUCUAGUUUGUAUUUAAGCACAGCUGUCAUCUGACAAUACACAUUAGAUUACAGCUUGCUUGUUUUACUCAUUUUUGUCCACUAAAAAAUGUGCAAUAUAAUAAAGUAGUGGUCAUAACAUAUUCUGGUAUGAUAUGUUAGAGAUAUCUUAAGUAUUAAGUAUUUUUCUGAGUAUGAAACCAGCAGGCAGAUGACAUCAAAGUACCGCGAGAGCGAUUCGAGAAAUCAUAAGUAGUCUGAUUUUAAAUAUAUUUUAUGUCAGUGCAAGCUGUUUUCAGUAAGGACAACUUAAACAAGCAUUUUAGUCUUGCCCUGCCCGGUAAACUUCCACAUACUGUUUUAAAUUCAAGACGAAGCAUUGUUUUGAAACUUUUAUUAUUUGCCGCUAGAUGUCGUAGUUGCACUGUUUAGUAUUUUACUUUCGCUUUCACCGCCAUUUUCUUCUGGUGCUGAUGUGCGUGAAUGAAUGCAAGUUUU